AUGGUUCCGCCUGCAGAUUUCAGUUCAGGUAGGUAUGCCCUUCUUCACUCUCCCUUUAUAGAUCCUUCUCAUUUCCGUUCUGUUCUCCCAACUGGGAAUUUCACCACUGUAAUUCCUUCCUCGUGUACAUGGCGCAAUGUGUCUGGCGUCGGUGCUGUGUGGUCUCUGCUUCCUGGAUUACAGAUUGGGACAAGUUUGAAAAAAAGGUGGGGCUUGACUCUUUUGGAUGUUGACGUAUUGUUAGACUUUCCUCCUUGUAUAGGGUUUUUUGGGAAAGGAAAAGACACUGCAAUUCAAAAAAAACAUACUCAUUGCUCCGAAGUCCACGCUGGACUAGCUCUCUUGCCUUCUUGUGGACUUUGUUCCUCUUCAGAAUUUUUAUCUUAG